UUUGUCUGUCCAUUGUCGACCCAUCGAACCAACCCUCUCUUCACUAUCUUCUUCUUCUCAGUUCCUUCCGACGAAUUGAUUCAAAUCACCCUUGCUGCCUUACGCAUCCAGAUUUGUUUAAAACUUCGAUUGAGUGUGGUAGCAAAGAUUAGCAUAGUUGAUCACUGUUAUUACAAUCUCUCCCUACCGCUUCAACCAUCUUCUGCAAAUCCCCCAAUUUACGAAAUCCUCUUUUUUCUGUCAAACUCCGGCACACAACUCCGUCAUACUCCCCGACACAUCACCAAUCGCGAGGCAGUUUUUGAACUUCCACACCUUCUAGACUUCUAGUUCAAUUCCUUUUUUCAGAAACACUAGAAAUUUUGUCUGAAUUUAGUUUCCCACUCCAUUGCUUUUAUUCACUUUGACGGCCUCUGCAUUUUUUCUUUCUGGGAGUUUGCAGCUAAAACCCUGACUUCUAUUUUACCAAAAAAAUUCGUUAACUGGACAAGUGCAUGAAAGAUGUCGGUCAUGCUAGUUACGAGUUUGGGAGAGAUUGUGGUGGAUUUGUUCACUGAUCGUUGCCCUUUGACCUGCAAGAAUUUUCUCAAGCUCUGCAAAAUGAAGUACUACAAUGGAUGCCUCUUUCACACGAUACAAAAGGAUUUUACUGCACAGACAGGUGAUCCGACAGGGACUGGAUCUGGUGGUGAUUCUUUGUAUAAAUUCUUAUACGGUGACCAGGCUCGUUUUUUUGGCGAUGAAAUACACCUUGAUGUGAAACAUUCAAAGAUCGGAACUCUGGCCAUGGCUAGUGCUGGGGAGAAUCUUAAUGCUUCUCAGUUCUAUAUCACAUUGCGGGAGGACAUUGAUUACCUGGAUGGCAAACAUACUGUGUUUGGAGAGGUUGCUGAAGGGCUGGAGACACUUACUAGAAUAAAUGAAGCCUAUGUGGAUGAAAAAAACAGACCCUAUAAAAACAUCAGGAUCAAACACACUUACAUAAUAGACGAUCCUUUCGAAGAUCCUCCGCUACUAGCUGAGCUGAUCCCAGAUGCUUCACCUGAAGGAAAACCAAAAGAUGAAGUUGAUGAUGAUGUGAGACUGGAAGAUGACUGGAUCCCUAUGGAUGAACAACUUAACCCCCAAGAGCUUCAGGAGGUCUUGCGUGAAAAGGCCGCGCAUACCAGUGCAGUAUUACUUGAGACUAUAGGGGACAUUCCUCAAGCUGAGAUGAAGCCUCCUGAAAAUGUAUUGUUUGUGUGCAAGUUGAAUCCAGUGACUGAGGAUGAUGACUUGCAUACGAUAUUUUCUCGCUUUGGAGUUGUAACAUCUGCUGAAGUUAUCCGAGAUCACAAAACUGGGGACAGUCUGUGCUACGCAUUUAUAGAAUUUGAAGACAAAGAUGCAUGUGAAGAAGCAUAUUUUAAGAUGGACAAUGCUCUUAUUGAUGACCGGAGAAUACAUGUUGACUUUAGUCAAAGUGUUGCAAAGCUGUGGUUCCAAUAUAAAGGCAAAGGUCGAAUAGGUGGAGGUGCUGGGUGCUUCAAAUGCGGUUCUCUUGAUCACAUUGCUAAGGACUGCCCUGGAGGUCCCACUGCCGCCGGACAACCGCUUUCCAAAUAUAUGCUGAAAGAUGAUAAUACUCAACGUGGAGGAGACAGAAGCACGAGGUAUGAGAUGGUUUUUGAUGAAGAUGAAGAUGAUGGAGGGCCAAGGCAUAAUAAAAGGAGAAGAGACUAUAAAGAUGAACAGAGUGACGAUAAGCAUGACAACAGACAUCGUGAUGAAAGGAGAAGGGAUACGCAUGAUCGGCCGAGUCGAUAUGAAAAAAGUAAGAGCAGGGAAAAUGAGGGUUAUGCACGGCGUCAAAUAAGUCCACACAGGAGAGGAGCAAAAGACUAUUCGGACAGAAAUGGCGGAGAUGAGAGAGAACGCAGAAGAAGGCAUGGCAGUGGGGACCGUGAAAAGAAGGAUGGAGAUGAUGCUGGCCACGGACACACACACAUUAGGGAUACAGUUAAGUACGAAAAGAAGCGUGUAGAUGACGUCGACCAUGGAGACAGGAGAAACGAAGAUGAGAUCAGAAGGAGAAAUGGCAAUGAAGAUGUACGAGGGAGUCACAGGAACAGACAUGAUUCUGAAGAUGAUAAAUAUAAUCAUAAACGUAGGGAUGAAGAGCGACGCUCAGAUAAGAGAAGCUCGAGAGGUGAUGAUUAUCGCGGAACUAGUAGGAGGAACUGAGUUGAGAAAGUGCCUUCUCUCUGUGGCUGGGAAAGGUGAAAACGUUCUAGUCGAUCAUUUGGCUUUCAUCCUAGAUUUAAGUAAAGGUACAGAUGCUAUGCAGGAUUCUUAUAAAAAUUGUACUGGUUAUAGAGCAGAGUUUUAACUGAAUCCCGCGUCAAAAAGAUACUGAUACAAAUGAUUUGGGGUUUUCAUUGAAGUGAAAAUUUUUCAAUGCUGAUUCA